AUGUCCCACAUUAUAAAACACGUCACCAAAGCCGACAUCCCUCGCCUCAUGAACAUCAUGUUCUCCGUCAUGGCGCCGACAGGAUUCGGCCGCACGACGGGCGAGGUACCCAACCGCGACAUCACGUUCGAAGAUUUCAUCUGCUCGCCGUACAGCGUCAACAUGGCACGCCGGAUCGCCGAAGAGCUAGAUAACGAUCCGACGCUGCAUUACCUGCAAGCGGUGGACAGCCGCUCCGGCAACGUGGUCGCGCUGGGUAAAUGGCAUAUCUAUCGCGGCGAUCAGGGCCUGAAGACCUGGCGAUCGUCCACCCGAACGGAUAACACGAUGCAGAUUCCGUUUGGGUUGAACAGUGCAGUGUUUGAGUUACUUCUCACACAUCCUCGCCACGAGCGCCGCGGGGCUGGCUCGCUCAUCACGCAGUGGGGAUGCGAUAUGGCCGAUAAACUCGGUCUAGACUGUUACCUUGAAUCGUCGGACCCGGGGUAUCCGGUCUACCAGAGGAAGGGGUUCAGGGAUUUCUCACAAGAUCCGACGGAGAAUAUCAUCGAGUACACGGUGGAUGAGUUCACCGGGCGAAAAGGUUAUGAAGAAGAUAAGAUGCGGUUUACAUGUAUGAUCAGGAAACCAGGGGGCAUGGGCAUUUUGGAUAAACAGGCUAUGUUUGCGUAG